CUCGUCGUAAACUGUGGCGGUAUUUGAGCCUAACUAUUUUGUUGUUAUUUAGCAACGAGAUAGCGUUGAGAGAACAUGUGUUAUGACUGGAAGAACGAUUAAUAAUGAUAUCAAACUAUAAUUUGCUUUCGAUAUACGAGUUCUACUUUACAAACCUGAAAAUAAGCCACUUUCCUGCAAAAUACCUUUGAGUUUACGCUGUGCGGUUGAUUUGUUAUUUACUACGGGAACUAAACGGUACACAGAAGGAGACCUUAUCUCGGUCGGGCCUUCCUGCUCGUGUUGGUGUUGUGGAAGUUUAGAAUUGAUAAGGAAAAUGCCUACAUUUGACACCAUGCUAGAUGGAUAUGGGCUACUUGGCCUAAAAUCCAGUACUGUAGACAAUUCAACAGGGACAAAGUCUGUUCGACACAGGCAUAGGCACAAGCUUAAGCAUCGGUUUGAGUUUUUAAGUACAUUAGGUAAAGGCACGUAUGGCAAGGUGAAGCUGGCCAGGGAAAUAGCCACAGGAGAGCUGGUUGCAAUAAAAUCUAUUCCAAAGAACAAAAUUGAGAAUGAGGAAGAUUUGAAACGAAUCAAACAAGAGAUUGAGAUCAUGAGAAUGCUGGACCAUCCUCAUAUUAUUCAUGUUAUUGAUGUUUUUGAGAGUAGAGAUAAGAUUGUGAUGGUUAUGGAAUAUGCCAAUGGUGGUGAACUGUAUGACUAUAUCAAUGAUGAUAAAAUGACUCCGGAAGAUGCUCAGAAAUUCUUUCGACAGAUAGUGUCUGCUGUCAGUUAUUGUCACAAGCUUAACAUCGCCCAUCGAGAUUUAAAACUGGAAAAUGUCUUAUUAGAUGAAAACUUAAAUGUUAAGAUAGCAGACUUUGGACUGUCAACACUAUAUUCUGAUAAGCUUUUGAGUACGUACUGUGGAAGUCCAUUAUAUGCUUCUCCCGAGAUUGUAAAUGGAAAACCAUACCAUGGCCCAGAGGCUGACUGCUGGAGUCUUGGUGUCAUGUUAUAUGCAAUGGUUUACAAAACAAUGCCGUUUAAUGGUGCAAAAUUCUCAUUACUACGGCAACAGAUAACAGAAGGAGUGUACUACGAACCAGAAAACAAACCAGUUGCAUCUCGGUUAAUACGAAGACUACUGACCGUCAAUGCAAGGAAUCGUGCUUCAAUAAGUGAUAUUAUGCUUGACCCCUGGGUCACAGAUCCACCUUCAAUCCCUUCAUGCUUUACAUUUGAUGAUGUCAAAGACGAAAAAAUAUUGGACUUGAACUUAUCGAGCGACAGUGAUGCUGAAAGAGCAGAGGAACCAGUUGCUAAACAAGUGGUGGGAAUUUUGAAAAACUCCAGUGGAUCUAACAAGCAGGUUGUUAAUGAUUCAUAUGAAAAUCUUGCACCUGUGCAGAACUGUGUUAUAGUCAAGAAGGACAGUAUAAAAGUCCGUCAGAAAUCUGAUAGUCGUAAUCGUAGACCCCGCCGUGGUAUUCUUAAGAAACAUGGCAAGUACAGAGGUGCUGAUAGUGGACUUAGUAUUGAUGAGCCUAUCUCAUCUGAAAGUAAAUCUGAAAAUACCAAAGAAGAGGAAAUUCUGGAUAAGGAGACUAGUGUUAAAACAAAAGGGCAGCGUGAUUCCAAGAGAGAUUCUGGUAUUGAUCAAGACAUGCCGGCAUGUUCCACCAACACAGAAUCUUCAGAGUGUGUAAUGAGACCCCGCAAGCAGUUCAAUCGUAAUAGUGCGGUUCGAAUAUCUAAGCGCUAUUCAAAGGGGAAGUACUCGUCAGUGACCCAGGUAUGGGAGACUAUCUACAACUCUGGGGUGGAUCCAAUUCAUUGUUUAACAGAACUAGAAGCGGAAGUAAACAAGGGAAAUCAUACACGGCAGGAAAGCGCCAGUUCAACAGAAGAUCUCCUGGAUAUUCUCGACAGAGAAAACCAAGAUAUUCUGCAAUCAGUGGAAUCAAACCAUAACCAAAGUAUUGCAGCAACAUCCGUCCAUUGUAGCAAAGCGUCUCUCAAAGUAACCAGUACGUCUGAAAUAUCCACCAGUGAAGAGGUUAUUGACCUGUACUUAAAAGCUUUGCGAAUACCGCAUCAGGAACACUAAACUAAAUUCAUGUUUUGCUGAAGGAUUUGUCACACUUCUUUUGUGGAACCUAUUGCCCUGGAUUUUUCUUUAUCUGAGAAGUAUUAGAAAACAAUAGGAAUGAUUAAUAUCUUUCAUUCUGAAGAAUUUUUUUUUCUUUAACGAACUGGAGUUCAUUUGUAGAUAGUGUAAAUGUCAAAAAUAACCAUAUACAUGCUUAAAAUUUAUGCUUUUAAAUGGAUUUUUUGAGAAAUUAAUUGUUUAGAAAUGAGAUGAAAAUACUUUUUUAACACACAUAGUGUUCACUGUUACCUGUUGGGGUGAUGUUAUUAUUUUUGUAAAUUUUGCUUAUCAUAAUAUGAUCACAUUAUUAUGUGAUAUCCUUUAAAAUGUCUUUUGCAACCACAUGUUAUGUUAUGGUGGACCAAAUAGCAUGGCAUAAUUUUAGAUAUUGCAUGUCAUCAUACAGAACAGUGUAUAAUAGCUACAGUAAUUGAUAGAUAUAAAUAUAAAGGUAGGAUAUAAUCCCAGUGUUUACAUGAUGUUGAUAGCGUCAUAGCAUAUGGACAACUCAAAUCUAUAUACAAGUAUAAAUAUAUAAAAUGAUAUUAUUAUUUCAUUAUGAAUAUAUUUCUACAUAAUGCUAUAAUUUCUUGCUAAUGGUUCUGUUUAUUUUGUAUCAAAUAUGUUGAUAUUUUUGUCUACAUCAGUGAACAGAAAAGACAAGAGCGAGUGCCAAAGAUACUUUUGUGCUGUUGUAUCAAGGUUUUCUUUUUUUUGUGCAAUUUUAUAAGCCAAUUCUGUAGUUUUUUUCCCCUAAGUUACUUGUGUAAUUUUAAUAAGAUAAAAACUGUCAAUUUAAUAUAUAUUUAAGUUGAAUUUGUAAAUUUUUAAAAGCAAAUGGCAUUUGGAAGAAUUAUGUUAUUAAAGGAAUAUUUCAUAAGGUGUAAAUGUUUGAUAUAUAUAUGGUAUACCUGUAUAUAUAGAUCUUUGUAAUAAUCAAAUAUGCUAGUACUGUACUUAAUUGUGAACAUUCUGUUUCAUAUAUUAAAGUUUUAAAGGUUUGCUGCAGGGCAAAAACCAGUAUUUCUGUUAAAAUACAUAAACUUUACAUUAAAAAUAUCUUUACAUCCAAUUUCUGUAUUAGCUUAUAUUAAUUUAUUUAAGAUGUUUCUCUGUUGACAUUAGAAUAAUUGCAAACUAAAAGAAUGUGGUGUAGAACUGGAGAUUCUGCAGACAAGGAUUUGAGCUGAAUAACUUAAUGGUUAAAAUAUUUGCUUCACAAUCCCAGAGUCAUGGGUUUGAACACUGACACUGCAGAUUUUUUUUUCUCAAGACUGAAAACAGCUCCACUCCCAAAGCCUCAUUAAGAGACUGACUUUCUAAAGCAUCAUUCCAUCCUGCAAUUGGCGAGUGUACUUGCUGUUGGAUGUGAGUGAUAUAAAACAAUUAUAGAGGGCGCAAUGCAUAUUUCUAUUAUACUGUAACUACAAGGCAUUAUUGAGAUGAGUUUAAACCAGUUCAUAAAUUGGUUUUGUUUAUAUGUGAUUACUGGCAUUGAGAUUAGUUUCACUGUGUAGAUUUCCAUUGUCAUAUUUACACAUGUUACUGAUUUCAACAACUUUUAUAUAUUAUAUAUAUAAAUGUUGAUUUGGAUCCAGAUGAAUUUAGUUAAACUUUUACUUACUAACUUAGAAGAGUAAAAUUUAGUUUUUCCAAUCGCUAAGACAAUUAAUUUCUUACAGUAUUAUUUUCUGUCAUUAAUUAUUAUUAGUCCCACAAAAAUUAAAUAAUAACUCAUGAUUCAUGCAAGAAUGAUAAUUAUACUAAAUGUUAAUUUGUAAUAAACAAUGUUUCAUUUGUUAUAGUACUUUUUAAUGGAGAUAUCACUCUUUAUAUCCUACAUUUUGUUUACCAUUCACUAAUAAUAAGACACUAGAAUUAAGCAAGAAAACCUGAUUACUGUCGUAAAUUAAAUUACCUUAUAACUUUAGUAGCUU